CCUGCUUUCCUAUGUCAGUCUCUCUCUCUUUCUGUCUCACUCUCUCCAGCAUUUAACCAGCUAGAAACUGAAUCUCACAAACUUUGACUCUUGGAAUUUCUCGGACACAAACCGAAACCUUCAAGAAGAGCUUUGAAAUUAACAAGAAGAAUUAAAAAAAACAACAAUUGUUCCCUGGAUUUUCUUCCAUUUCCUCCUGUGGGGAAGGUUUCAGUGUAUUUUUAGACCUGCUGUGAUCCAGCUUUACACAAUUGCUGUGCGCUUUUUGCUGCCGGAUUUGAGUGUUGCCUCCAUCGUCUUUUUCUCACAAUCAGCUGGGGCCAAAAAGGAUUUAACGAAGAAGUUACAUGCUUGUUUCUAUGGUAACGCUGUAUUUCUCAAGCCACUGAAGGACUGAAGGUUAUCACUGCAACAACCAGCAAACGCAAAAGUCCAAGCUCUCUUCACCAAUGAGCAGUCAACCUAACGGCGGGGAGGCGGUCGCUCCAGCUCAGACCAAUCGGAGGACAUUUUUGGAUGAUGUCAUUUUGACCUUUAGUUCACCGAUGGCCUGGCUGCUGAUUGUGGCUCUGAUCCUCACGUGGUCGGGAGUUGCUAUCGUUCUCUUUGAUCUGCUUGACUAUAAAACUCUAGCAGAGUACACAUCAUACUGUGACGACCCCGUGUGUUUAUCUCCUGGUCUCCCUCCUCCUUCUGCCAUCGCUAAGAGAGGGUUGAGGGCUAGAGGCAUUCGUCCAAUAAGAUCAAGCCCUGCUGCAGCCCCUGCUGAUGUCGCAGCACCGGAGAGCACUGAUUGGUUGGAGAUGGUGUGGAAUUUUGCAGCCAGUUUGGUUGCUCCCGAUGAUGAGGAGGAAGGUAUUCACCAGCUAACUGAAACCCUCACAUCUUUCCACUCUGAGGAGCUCUGAGCAAGAGGAGUGUACGUAGAUAAAAGGGACAAGCAUGAACAAGUAGGAGCUGGAGAGAGGAAGAGGAGGCAAAAAGAGAUAAAAAGCGUGUCUGACUAAAGUGUAAGAGAAGAUGUGAAGAAACAGAAGGAGGAGGAGGAUGUACAGUUUAUCACAGUUAUGUUUCUGUCUGUCUGUCAUCAGCUGGAAUUUGAUGAAUAAACACUGCCAAUUUGAAA